UGGUGUCAGCACUAAUGGAUGACCGACCGAACAGACUGGAGCAGCUUGUGGUUGCGCGCAGAGAGGAUGUCUUUGUCUCCCCAGCUCGCACCUGGAACAAGGAAACAGUGAGAGCUUUUUCAAAUUCUUUAUUUUUGUUCACUUCGGAAGAAAAGCGCAGGACUAAGUCAUUCCCUUCAUAUCAGGCUGAAGGAGGGGCACUGGAAUAUGAGCAGGACUUGAUGCGCGUUUAGACUGUGACCUGUAGCACCACCUGUGACACCAGGCGCCAAACACAUGCUGUUUCCUCAGCUGUGACCUUGAAGACGCGGUUUGGCACCGUGAGAACAGGAUACGCACAUAUACUUCACUCUCACCUGUGCAGUUUAUAUCCACCUUUUUACAGUCACGUAAAACCUCCACUGGCACAGGUUGCUGACAGUGCAUCCCCGGCCAAGUUGACUCAUCAGAUAAGUGCGGCACGUUCCGGUGGACGCGGCUUUUACGCACGGAGGAGACACUCGAGCGCACGGCGAGAGAAGCAGCGCACGGGUCUGCGUCAGGUGGAAGAAGAAGAAGACAACAGCAUCACUUCAAAGCGGUUUGACCAAGCACAGCCAGUAAAAUGACGGACGGGCCGAGACAACGAGGCAGCACGGCGGGCUCUGCCAAGGAUGCCGCCGGCGACAGCUCGUCCGAAGGAGGCGUUGCGCUCAAGAAGGAAAUCGGGCUUGUGAGCGCCUGUGGCAUCAUUGUUGGUAACAUUAUCGGCUCGGGUAUCUUCGUCAGUCCGAAGGGCGUGUUGGAGAACGCCAGCUCCGUGGGCGUGGCCCUGAUCGUCUGGAUCAUCACCGGCAUCAUCACCGCCAUCGGGGCGCUGUGCUACGCCGAGCUGGGCGUCACCAUCCCCAAGUCGGGAGGAGACUACUCCUACGUGAAGGACAUCUUCGGAGGCCUGGCUGGGUUCCUGAGACUGUGGAUCGCCGUGCUGGUCAUCUACCCGACCAACCAGGCUGUGAUCGCGCUGACGUUCUCCAACUACGUCCUGCAGCCGCUGUUCCCCACCUGCUUCCCCCCCGAGGGUGGCCUGCGUCUGCUGGCUGCCGUCUGCCUCCUGCUGCUGACGUGGGUGAACUGCUCCAGCGUGAGAUGGGCGACCAGGGUGCAGGACAUGUUCACCGCCGGCAAGCUGCUGGCCCUCGGCCUCAUCAUCAUCAUGGGCAUCGUGCAGAUCUGCAAGGGAAAUUACUACUGGUUGGAGCCAGCCAACGCCUUCGAGCCCUUCAAGGACUACGACGUGGGUUUGAUAGCCUUAGCCUUUCUACAGGGCUCCUUCGCCUACGGAGGCUGGAACUUCCUCAACUACGUCACAGAGGAGCUGGUGGACCCCUACGUGAACCUGCCCCGCGCCAUCUUCAUCUCCAUUCCCCUCGUGACCUUCGUUUACGUCUUUGCCAACAUCGCCUAUGUCACGGCCAUGAGCCCCCAGGAGCUGCUGGCCUCAAACGCUGUUGCCGUGACGUUUGGUGAGAAGCUGCUGGGAGUCAUGUCGUGGAUCAUGCCCAUUUCUGUGGCUCUCUCCACCUUCGGAGGAGUCAACGGUUCCCUCUUUACAUCUUCAAGAUUGUUCUUUGCUGGAGCCAGAGAGGGCCACCUCCCCAGUCUGCUGGCCAUGAUUCACGUGAAACGCUGCACUCCCAUCCCUGCUCUGCUCUUCACCUGCCUGUCCACUCUGCUUAUGCUGUGCACCAGUGACAUGUACACUCUCAUCAACUACGUGGGCUUCAUCAACUACCUCUUCUACGGAGUCACAGUCGCCGGGCAGAUUGUCCUGCGCAUCAAACAGCCCAACAUGCACCGGCCAAUCAAGAUCAGCCUGAUUUGGCCGGUCAUUUACCUCAUCUUCUGGGCCUUCCUGCUAAUCUUCUCCCUUUACUCCGAGCCCGUGGUGUGCGGCAUCGGCCUCGCCAUCAUGCUGACUGGCGUUCCCGUCUAUUUCCUGGGAGUCUACUGGGACAACAAGCCACAGUGCUUUGAUCGCUUCGUUGACAAGAUGACAUACCUGGGCCAGAAGUUUUGUGUGGUUGUGUAUCCGGCCAUGGGCGAUGGCAGCAGCAGCAGCAGCAGCAACGGGGGCGGAGAGGAAGGAGAGGAAAUGAAGGAAGCCAUGUCUCCUCUGUCAAAGGACGACGGCGACAACCACAAGUCAGCGGACUGCUAGAGUCUUUAUCACCAAACAUGCAAAAACAGACGCACAUGUGGGCGCACACUUACACAGAGACACAUGCAAACAUGCAGGACAUCCCAGUUUGUCGUGGAUUUACUGAGCAACACUUGUGCCCCCACACAUUGCCUUUAAGAUUUCUUAUUUGGUUUUCAGAAGCGUAUCAAUCGAUCAUUUCUUUUGCCAAAUAUAGUAUGAGAUGUUUUAAAAAUCACCUCAAACUUUUCUAUCUUGGGUCUUACAAAAGUGCAAUAAAGAAAGGUUAGUACCUUCUAACUUCUCAGUACACGCUUACACAAUUUACUCUUCAUCAUCAUCAACUUCAUCAUCCUCCCUCUUCCCCGCCACACACUCUGCACACUCCUGCUGUAAGAGCGACUUUUUUUAUUUAUUUUUUUUUAACUAUCAAAAGACUGUGACGCCUGCGCAAACACAUUUCUUUCUUUUUUUUUUUGGCCACAGUGUAAAUUUUGCUUCGUCGUCCGCUCAACACACCAAAGCUGUAUUCUGGUCAUCGAGGCAGAAAAUCAGAUUCAGAUCAAAUCAUUUCAAUGUCAGCGCCAGGCUGUUGUUUUUUGUUUUUCACGGCGAUUCCGAAAUGUCUCUUUUUUCUUUUUUUUUUAAUUGUGACAAUUGUUAAUAUCAUUUGCCUCUGAGGUUAUUUUAGUUUUAAUAUGUUAAUUUUAGUUUUUUUGAUAUUUCUUUUCUUUCUUUCUUUUUAUUCAGCAUCACAUUCAUAUGGGCCUAUUUUUUACUCUUGAACCUGCAAAGCUUUGUACACCGGAAGGCUGAUGUGUGAUCUGUAUUUGUGUAGGUAACUGUGCCGGUUAAUGAUGCACAAUUCUUUUUAAUUGCCUUAAUUAGGAGAUCUUCUGUACUUGGGUGCCAUCGUGGCUGUUUUGACUGUAGCGAGGUGCUUCGUCCUCACGCUUAGCAACAUAAAAGGAGUUUUGAGAUCUUGCAUGGACAUUACACAGAGAAUUAACCCAUUAACACUUUAGGUCCGGCUCGGACGUAGACGACUAGGCAACUCACAUUACUUUUCACCACCAUUGUUAAUGUAAGAUUCCCUACACCGACACGUGAAUGCCCGUUUGAAAACAGUUUUUCUUUAAAAAGGCAUUUAUUGUCUUUCAUGUUUUACUGCAAGUGUUGUAGCUCAACACGUAGCUGUGUUUAGAUAUUAUUUUGUGCUUUAUUUAGGGUGUAGAUAAGGAAAAAAAAGAGCUUUACAUAAAAAGAAAAUAUUUUUUGGAUUCGUGCAGUUCAUUAGAAAUUAUCAUGUCGUACAAUAUUAGCACAGGCACCAGCAAGAACUGAACAUGCCACCCCUGAAUGACCCCGGUCUGUCGUCUGGUUAGAGUUAUGUAUCUAUACUUACACUGCAUAUAUAUAUAUAUAUAUGUAUGUAACACUAUUUGACACAUUAUAUACUUUAACGUCUGCAGUCUUUCUAUAAGCUGAUAGUGUCUCAGGGCAUCGCCACUGCCUUCUGCUACACUGCCGAAUCUCAACAGAGCCCACUCAUCGCUUCUUGUUCUCCAGUCUGUUCGUGCUAAAUGUUUGAACUGGUGCUCGAUCUUUCAACCAAUCCCCUCAGAAAAACAGACAAAGACACGAUCACUAACGACAACUAUGAAAAGUACCAUUAAAGUUUGGCCAGUACAGUAAAGGUUGCUCUUAUUAAACUCUUAAGGGGAGCAGGGUCUUGGAUGUCUUUACAAGUACAAUGAGUGUGUUUUGUGCCUGUACGGUUAUUGUGUAUUUACAGUAUGCACAGAUUUCAUGACAGUCUGUAUUUUGUCUUAGUGAAAUAAAAACCACUGACUAAUGUUUGAA